CAGGAGUCCUCUUCGGGUUCCCAGAUAGCAGAAGCCCCUCCACCCGCAGCCUGCAACCCUCCCCAUGGGGGUGUGGUGCUGUUUGAAGUUAAUCAGGUAAAGCUUAACUGUCUCCCACUCACGAGGCAGUGGGAGCAGUGGGCAGGAUGUAGGCAGAUAUGCACCCAGAGCCGACCUAAUGCCAGGUGCAAAUUAGGCCACGUCCUCCCCCAAGGGGAGUGUCUCCAGGAUCCCAAGAGGAGCAUUUCAGGGAUCUCAAGGGGGUGGGUUGCUUCUAGGAUCCUGAGGAGUGUGUCUUCAGGAUUGUGAGAAGAGUACUCCCAGGAUCCCAGGGGUGAACGUCUCCAGGAUCCUGAGGAGAGUGUCUCCAGGAUCCCCAAGAGAGCGUCUCCAGGAUCUCGAAGAGAGCGUCUCCAGGAUCCUGAAGAGAGUGUCUCCAAGAUCUGGAGGGGAGAGUCUCCAGGAUCCCAAAGAAACAUCUCCAGGAUCCCAAGAGGAGCGUCUCCAGGAUCCAGAGGAAAGCAUCUCCAGGAUCUCAAAGAGAGCAUAUCCAGGAUCCCGAGGGAAGUGUCUCCAGGAUCCGGAGGGGAGAGUCUCAAGGAUCGGAUCCCAAGGAAAAUGUCUCCAGGUUCCCAAGGGGGGCAUCUCCAGGAUCUCGAGGGCCCACUGUGCUCACAUUCCCGAAUGUGGGUCACACUGUGAUGGACCAAGAGAGAGGCCCAGACCCCCAGGACCAGUAGAACAUCUCUCGUUUGUCUGAGCAGAGGCCACGGAGUGGCACCGGGAAUCCCCCCACACGCAGCGGGGGCCAUCUCCACUCAUCUGCCGUGCUCCCAGCAGCAGGGAUCCUGGGCCCUCUCCUCCCUAUCUGGGGGUUCACCAGCUGUGAGCCCCCAAGGCUGGACCCUAGCUGGUUCCCCCAGGCCACAGGAGGAGGAGGAGGAGGAGUGCAAGGCACCAAGUCAGUUGGACUGGAUGUAGUUCCCCGGGUGGAAACGGUGGUCUUCCCACGGAGCCGCCUCAGCAGUGAGAGAGGCCCAGAAGGCUUCAAGCAGCCCAUCACCAUGGCUGAUGAUCGGUCCGGGAAGCCGGUGAGGGUUCUGGAGAUGAGCCAGGAGGGGCUGUGACUCCUGAGGGCAGAUCUGGGCUGCCCCUGACAGUCCCCUGCACUAAGUGUGGUCCAUCAAACCUUGGGGGCUGGAGAGAGGACUACUGGUGGAACAGACCCAACCCGGGUGGUCUGCCAUAGCCUGAGGGCUGGAGGGAGGGAGGGCCAGCCAUACCAGGCCCACUUGGUUGACCAUGAACAACAACUUGUGCCGGGCCCUGGUGGAGAGGCGAUCUGUGGCCACGUCGAGCUGUAUGCAGCUGGGGCUAGCCCCACCUCCCAGUCUCCCCCACCUCCCACCAGCAGAAGCUUUGACCAAUGUCCCUUUCCUGCUCUACCCUGCCAAUGUGGAGCACACCUACUACGAUGCCUAUGGGAACGGGUUUCCCUACGUCCCUUUCCAUGGCCCCUUUGGGAUCUAUGACUACCCCUUCGAGCCAGCCUUCAUCCAGAAGAGGAACGAGAGGGAAAGGCAGAGGGUGAAAUGCGUUAACGAGGGCUAUGCCCGCCUCCGGGGCCACCUGCCCGGCACGGUGUCCGAGAAGCGACUCAGCAAGGUGGAAACGUUGCGGGCCGCGGUCAGAUACAUCAAGUAUCUGCAGGACCUGCUGAACAGAGCCUCUGAAGGGCCGGUGGCCGACACCACGGAUGGCAGCACCCCCCGCAGCCCCACUCUACGGCCUCCUCCAGCCCCUACCUCAGACUGCCCCAGCGAUGAUGGGGAAGCCAAAGUGUCUUCCUCUUCAGCCCCGGAGUCUUCUUCACCUUCCCGCUUUUCCUCUUCCCCCUUCUGUGAAUCGGAGGAGCCCAGUCGCUGAUCCUGGUCUUUCUGGCCCCUGGGCCUGGGGGUGUCUGAUGGGGAGAUGGAGGAGGAUCUGGAAGUCAGACUGAAUCAAGGCCCUUCCUUUGUGGUGAUGGGUUUGCACUAUGGAGGUAAAUCAAAUAAAUGCAUGUCCCUAA